AUGGGCAGCCUUGGCACCGGCGUCAAGGAUGGAUGGACUACAGAGCCAAUCGCCAUUAUUGGCAUGAGCUCCAAAUUUGCAGCCGAGGCAACAAACGUUGAAAGUCUAUGGCGCAUGAUUGCAGAGGGGCGAAGUGGCUGGACGCCCUUCCCAUCGUCCAGAUUCAGUUCAGAAGGGGUUUACCACCCAAACAAUGAGCGACUCAACACCACACACGUUAAAGGCGCACACUUCAUCGCCGAGGAUGUUGGCCUUUUCGACGCGGCAUUCUUCAGCUAUUCUGGUGAAACAGCAUCGUCUCUGGAUCCCCAAUACCGAUUACAGCUCGAAUCAGUGUACGAGGCGUUGGAAAACGCCGGUUUGCCAAUGGCCCAAAUUGCUGGUUCAAACACAUCCGUCUUCACUGGCGUCUUUGUGCAUGACUAUAGAGACGGGCUGCUACGCGAUGCUGACAACCUUCCCCGACUAAUGGCCACCGGCACCGGCGUGCCAAUGAUGUCGAAUCGCAUAUCGCAUUUUUUUGACUUGCGCGGAGCUAGCAUGACCAUAGAAACUGCCUGCUCCUCGGGCAUGGUGGCAAUGCAUCAAGCGAUACAGAGCUUGAGGACGGGCGAGGCAGACAUGUCCAUCGUCGGCGGCGCAAACCUGACGCUAAACCCAGACAUGUUCAAGGCGCUGGCAUCUUCAGGGUUCUUGUCCGGAGACGGAAAGUCUUAUGCCUUUGAUGCAAGAGCCAGUGGGUACGGGCGCGGCGAAGGCGUUGCCACGAUUGUCAUUAAGCGCUUAAAGGACGCGCUGGAAGCGGGCGACCCCGUUCGCGCCGUUAUACGGGAAUCCAUGCUGAACCAGGACGGCAAAACGGAAACAAUCACAACGCCCAGCCUGGAGGCACAACAGGAGCUGGUCCGAGCCUGCUACCGCAAAGCCGGCCUUGACCCCCGCGACACGCAAUAUUUCGAGGCCCACGGCACCGGCACACAAGCUGGGGAUACCGUCGAGGCUCGAGCUAUCGCGACAGUCUUUGCAGCCCGUCGUGAUCCGCUGCUCGUCGGCUCCGUCAAGACAAACCUCGGACACACCGAAGCGGCGAGUGGACUGGCCAGCAUUAUCAAAACCGUCUUGGCACUGGAGCGGGGCGUAAUACCACCGUCCAUCAAUUUUGAGAAGCCCAACCCGAAGUUUGCCUUGGACGAAUGGAACCUCAGGAUCGUCAGGACCUUGGAAAAAUGGCCGUCCGCUCCGGUGCGCCGCGCAUCAAUCAACAACUUUGGAUACGGAGGAGCCAACGCCCACAUCAUCAUUGAGAAUGUCUCGUCGUGGAUGCCGAGCGUUGUCAACGGGUCUCCGGCUUACCAAGAAAACAAGGGCGAAGAGUCCGACGAAUCUGUCGUUCUAGUCUUGAGCGGCAAGGAUGAGCAGGCUUGUCAAAGGCUAGUUGCCAACCUAGGCGAGUAUCUGAAGCUCAAGACGCAGCGAGUAGCGGAUGAGCGACGGUUUCUACAAAGUCUGGCUUACACACUGGGUCAGCGUCGAACUCAGUUCCCCUGGGUAGCAGCACAACCAGUCUCUAUUACGCAGGGCCUCGGUUCCGUCAUGGAGAGUCUUGAAUCCCCAAAGUUUAAACCAGUACGUAGCUCACGACAGCCAAGAAUCGGCAUGGUCUUCACAGGCCAGGGUGCGCAGUGGCACGCCAUGGGCAGGGAGCUCAUCAACUCGUACCCCGUUUACAGAGAGUCCUUGCAAGUUGCUGAGGGCUACCUCAGAGAGUUUGGCGCAAAGUGGUCGUUGCUAGCAGAGCUGCUGCGGGAGGCCCAUGACAGUCGCAUCAACCAAGUAGGUCUGAGCACGCCUAUUUGCGUCGCUGUGCAGAUAUCCUUGGUUCAUUUACUUCGGGACUGGGGCAUUGCUCCCGUGGCCGUUACAAGCCAUUCGAGCGGCGAGAUUGCUGCAGCCUAUACUGUCGGGGCACUUAGCUACCGAGCAGCCAUGGCUUACUCAUACUACCGCGCGGUCCUUGCUUCAGAUGACAAUCUAAAGGGCCCAGUGCCAGGCGGCAUGAUUGCCGUUGGCCUUGGGCUGCAAGAAACCGAAGCAUACCUGGAGAGACUUACAUCAGGGGGCAAGGCAGUGGUCGCUUGUAUAAAUAGUCCAUCCAGCAUCACAGUUGCUGGAGAUCUUGACGCCGUCAUGGAGCUAGAACAGCUCGCCACCGCAGACGGGGUUUUUGCGCGCAGGCUAAAGGUCGAAACGGCAUGGCACUCGCACCACAUGUCUCCCAUUGCCGAGGUCUAUGUCGAAGCACUCGACCGCAUCCACCAAGCCAAGGGAAAUGAUGAUGUUUCGCAAAAGAAGGCCAUUGCGUUCUCGUCUCCGGUUACAGGAGGGCGCGUGACUAGUUUCUCGCAAAUCGGGCACCCGAAACAUUGGGUUAAGAGCUUGAUGCAACCCGUGCAGUUUGUUUCCGCUUUUACCGAUAUGGUCCUCGGCGAAGCAGCGUCUGGGGCCAGCAACGUCGAUGUGAUCGUCGAAAUUGGCCCUCACACGGCGCUGGGAGGCCCUAUCCAGCAGAUUCUGUGUCUCCCCGAAUUCGCGCAUGUCAAACUCCCAUACUUUGGAAGCCUUGUCCGCAACACUAAUGCUAGGGAGAGCAUGAGAGCGCUCGCGGCUAACCUACUGCAACAAGGUUACCCCGUCGACUUGAGCGCCGUGAAUUUCCCUUACGGCAGAGACCGGCACGUGGAAAUUGUUACUGACCUGCCUCCUUAUCCUUGGAACCACCAGGUCAAGCACUGGGUUGAACCUCGAUUCAACAGAGCACUUCGUGAGAGAUCUCAGCCGCCGCAUGACCUUCUUGGCUCGCUUCUGGAUGGGUGCAACCCAGAGGCACCAGCUUGGCGACAUACCCUCCGUAUUUCCGAGUCACCGUGGGCCAGGGAUCAUGCCAUUCAGUCGAAUAUUGUCUACCCUGCCGCUGGUUACAUUUCAUUGGCCAUUGAAGCCGUCAGACAAAUGUCCAAGUUGAAUUUGACUGCCGAUGCUGAAAAGAUCGCUGGUUAUCGCUUGAGAAACGUUGAUUUUUUGCAAGCUCUUAUGAUUGAAGAGAGUGCGGAUGGUAUUGAAAUGCAGACUUGUCUCCGCCCCGUCAACAUCAAAGACAUUGGUUCCCAAGGGUGGAAACACUUUGAGGUUUGGACAGUCACGAAAGAUAAUCGGUGGACGCAGCAUGCCAAGGGACUGAUUUCCAUCGAGAUCAAGGGCUCCUCUAUCGGGGCUGCGAUAAUACCGAAAACACAACAUGGCGAUAUCAAGGGCUACACGCGUCACAUAUUUCCCACAGAUUUAUUUUCCAACCUGAGCGCUCUUGGAAUCGCCCAUGGUCCCAUGUUCCAGAAUAUGAAGAGUAUUAUCCAAUCGGGGUCCGAGAGUCGCAGCCAGGUCAUCAUGAGCAUCGCCGAUACUGCUGUACCAAAUGACCUUGCUCGCGACCACGUUAUCCAUCCUGUCACUUUAGACUCUGUUAUUACAGCUCCAUAUUCUGCAGUCCCGGGAGCCGCAGCUCGAGAAGUGGCCGCCAAGGUCCCUAGGUCUGUGGGCGAGUUUUGGAUAUCAGCCAACAUCAGCAACAAGGCAGGGCAUAGGUUCAAUACCCAUUCUUCACUUCUAUGGGACAAUGUCAAUGGCAUGGCGGCCGAUGUUUUGGUUUCGAAUGAGGACGACGGAGAAGUUGUGCUUCACAUGAGGGAGUUCUUGUACCAGUCCCUCGGUCGCAGCUUGUCGUCUCAGCGUGCCCAAACGUGGGAAACAGAGCUGUGCAACAAGGUCGACUGGUCCCUGGAUCUUUCCAUCAAAGUGCCGGCAACGUUGUCCACCAUCAAGGCGGAAUUGAGCUUCAAGGAUGACCCUGGUACAGAAUGGCAGCUCGCAGGGCUCCUCCGUCAUUUGGUGCACAAGAACCCGCGUGCUCGCAUUCUUCAAGUCGGUGCUGGUAGUGGUGCUACAACUCGUCGGGCUCUUGAAGCCUUGGGAACGGCUCAGUUCGGAGGUCCAAACGCUUCCCUGUACCAGGUGACAGGCAAAAUGUCAAACUUUUCAGAGGCUUUGCGAGAAGAUCUCUCACCGUGGAAUGAUAUCCUUUCUUUCGAUUCUCUCGACAUUGAGCAUGACCCUGUCUCGCAGGGUUUUACUGCCUCCUACGAUGUCGUGAUUGCUUCCCACCUUCUUCACGGUGCAACAAAUAUUUCCGCCGUGUUGCACAACAUUCGUGGCCUACUCAAGCCAGACGGGGCCGUGUUGCUGACAGAAGACAAGCCUGAUCAGCUGGACCAACAUCUGCGUGAAAACGGCUUUACGGGUAUCGACCUAGAGCUCCAACAUGCCGCUUCUACCUCAGUCACCAUUUUAUCAACAGCGACACAGCCCCUGGCAUUGCAAGUGCGAGUCGAACCGGAAAAGUUCGUCAUCGUCACAUCUCGCAAAGCCAGUCCGCCUUCGCCGGAGUGGCUGAAGAAUUUGAGGGAGAGCAUCGCAGCGUGUGUACGCAACGCUGGGGAUAAACUGCCAAUUGUGCAGGAGCUGGAAUGCUCAUCCGCCACAGCUCAAUGGUAUGCCGACAAGAUCAGCAUUUUUAUAGGGGAAGUUGACGAACCAAUCUUGUACGAACUUGACUCGGCGUCCUUGGACGGCAUUCGAGCCAUGGCAACCGGCUCCAAAGGACUCCUCUGGGUGACUCGAGGCGGAGCCGUCGACUGCGAGCGACCAGACCUCGGUCUAGCUCCCGGGUUCGUUCGUGCUCUCCGCAACGAGUAUUUUGGUAGAAAGUUUCUGACGCUUGAUCUGGAUCCCAAGGGCCAGUUGUGGUCCGAAGCUGGUGUUUCUGCUAUCGCUGAAGUGCUUCGUAAUGCGUUCGGCGUGCCGUCCGAGGGUGCAUCUCCUACUGAGAGAACCGGGACAGAGUUUGAGUUUGCAGAGAGAGACGGCAUGAUCCUUGUGCCGCGGCUGCGUCACGAUUUUACCAAGAACCAGAGGAUUUCUCAGCCGUUUUCCAAGCUCAGGGAGCCUGAACAACCACUGAACCAGUUACUGAAUCAGCCGGAUCGACCCCUGCGCUGGCACUCGGAUUUAAACGCCUUUGGGGACGAUCUCCACGCCGAAGGCUUCCUUGACAUUCUCCCCCCCAACUUCAUUGAGAUUGAACCCAAGGCGCACGGUGUCAGCCUGCGCUCAGCUGAUGACCACGCAUCUGGAUUGGGAUUUGAAACCGCAGGCAUCGUGACUCGCAUCGGUAGCGAAGCAGCCGCCAAAGGUUUCUCCAUCGGCGACCGUGUUAUUUCCAUUUCGAUGCAGUCAUCAUUCCCUAGCCGCGCAGUCGCGGAAUGGAGCUCGACAGCUCACAUGCCAGACGGAUUCAGCUUCGAAGAAGCUGCGUCACUUCCUAUAGCCUUCCUGACUGCGUAUCACGCACUUGUUGAGACUGCUCGAUUGCGCCAGAGCCAAUCAAUCUUGGUCCAUUCCGCAGCCGGUCAUGUUGGUCAAGCCGCCGUCAGCAUUGCACAGAGCCUCGGGGCGAAAGUAUACGCCACGGUUGCAAGCGCGGAAGAGCGCCAUAUUGUCGAGGAAAGAUAUGGAAUUCCUUCCGAUGCCAUCUUCAGCAGUCAAGACGCCUCAUUCGUAUCCGCUACUCUAGCGGCUACCCAGAGCAGAGGAGUCGAUGUUGCGCUCAACUCGUUGACCGGUUCUCUGCUGCAGGCCACCUUCAACCUGGUCGCGCCACUAGGCCACUUUAUCGAUAUUGGCGGGCAGGACUUGGAAAGGAACAGCAGUCUUGAGAUGAAGCCGUUUGCCCGCUCCAUCUCCUUUUCGGCUGUUGAUCUCGCCGUCCUGCUGGAGCACAGAAAAGCUCAUGUCCACUACUGUCUUGAAGAGUCAAUGAGCCUUGUGCAGGCAAGAUCCGUGAAGCCUGCUCAUCCCAUCAAAACCUAUGCGAUAAGUGCCAUGACCGACGUAGCUCGUUUGCCGCAAAGUCAACUCAAGGUCGGCAAGGUGGUUUUGACUGUCGAUGCAGAGUCAAAGGUGCCGGUGAUGCCGCGCGUCGCGUCUGCCAGUCUUUCUCCAGACGCGUCGUACCUCAUUGUAGGCGGCAACGGCGGAUUAGGCCAAUCGGUCGCUCAUUGGCUGGUCUCGCGAGGAGCGAGGAACAUUGUUCUCCUGUCACGCAGCGCGGCAAAGAGCGAUAAGACAGGCGCAUUGGCCAAGGAGCUUCUCGAAGCUGGGUGCGACCACGUCUUGCCAAUCAGCUGCGAUGUGGCCAACGAAGAUGACUUGGCGUCAGCGAUUGAUACGUGUGGAGAAGAAGGUUUGCCGCCUAUUCGCGGAGUCAUUCACGCUGCUUUUGUGCUGCAGGACUCGUUCGUGGAAAAGAUGACGCUCGACGACUACCACUACACAACGCGAAGCAAGGUCGCAGGCGCCUGGAACCUCCACAACCAAUUCAACCUGCCGGGCGACCUGGACUUCUUCGUCUUGUUCUCGUCCAUCAACGGAAUCCUCGGCUACGCGAGCCAAGCAGCCUACUCAGCAGCCGGUGCAUACGAAGACGCCCUGGCCCAUUGGCGCGUAAAGCACUGCCGACUCCCUGCUGUCUCCAUCGACCUCUCCGUAGUAAACGGGGUGGGCUACGUGGCCCAGGCGGACGCAGCCGAAACACUCCGCAAAGCCCUCGUCAAAGCAGGCAGACGAGUCAUUGACGAGCAUCACGUCCUCGCCUCCCUCGAGUGGGCCAUCCUUCAUCCGCAUGAUGCUCAGUUCGUCGUAGGUGGCAUAAACUCUGGUCCCGGCUCUCACUGGGAUGUAGACGGGGACCUGGGCCGCGACAUGCGCCUCAUGCCGCUCAAGUACCGACAACCAGCCGAGUCAUCCCAGGGGUUGGAAGAGCCAGGCUCUGAUUCACUCGCGACCAGGAUGGGCUCCUGCGCCAAACGCGACGAAGCCAUCCACGUCGUCGGAGCCGCUCUGGCUGACAUGUUGGCAGACAUGUUCUUGGUGCCUGCCGAGGACAUUGAUUUGAGUGAAUCGCCCUCGCAACAGGGAAUUGACUCGCUUGUGGCGGUUGAAGUGCGCAACAUGCUAUUCAGUCAGGCUGGUGCUGAGCUGUCCAUUUUCAAUAUCAUGCAGAGCCCGAGUCUCACAAAGUUGGCGGCUGAUGUUGUUGACAAGAGUGUUCAUGUUGAGUUUGUGGCGGCAUAG